AUGAACUACACCACCUGGUGGAAGCGCCUUUCGGCCAAACAGCUGAACAUUGCCAUCCAAGUCUUCUCGCUCAUCAGCAUAUUCUUCGAGGGUUAUGACCAAGGCGUCAUGGGAGGCGUCAAUGCCUCGCCUCGAUAUGUUGAAGAGGUCGGAAUCGGAAUGGCUGAUGGCACUGUCACAGAUACUGUCCAUCAAGGAGGCAUCGUUUCAGUUUAUUAUCUCGGCUGCAUUUUCGGAUGCUUUGUUGGAUGCACAUUCUCUCUUAUUGGAGGAGCUCUUCAAGCCGCAACGCAAUCCAGCGACUUCAUCAUCGUUGCCCGCGUCAUCACAGGUAUCGGAACGGGGGCUCUAACUGGUAUUACACCAGUAAUGGUUGCGGAAACAUCGACAGCGGAACAUCGUGGGGGCUUCCUCGGUUACGUCUUUAUUGCAAAUUACCUCGGUAUCUCCGUUGCGUACUGGUUGUCAUUCGGCCUUGCUUUCGUUGAUGGGGGAAACUCUGACGUCCGAUGGCGUUUCCUUCUGGCCUUCCAGUGCUUCCCGGCCCUGCUCCUCUUCCUCGGUAUCAAGAUGUUGCCUGAUACCCCUCGGUAUCUUGCAUCGGCUGGCAGAUUUGGCGACGCUCGUGAAGUCAUUGAGCAUGUUCGUGGAGGAUUCGGCCCUGACGUUGAAAGAGAGUACCUUGAGAUCAAGGCCGUCGCCGAAGAAAGUACAAAAUCUUCACCUAUUGAGUUUGUGAAGAUACUUUCAGGAAACGGCUCAAAGUCUGGAUUCAAUCUAGGCCAGCGCGCCUGGCUUUGCCUGCUCCUGCAGAUCAUGGCAUCUUGGACCGGAAUCACGGCCGUGACGGCGUACUCGCCGGUUCUACUGUCACAAGCCGGAUACACCGAGUUAACACAAAACGGUCUUGCCGGUGGCCUGAACACGGUUGGCAUCGUCGGUACCAUAAUCAGCGCCCAGAUCGUCGAUCGCCUGGGACGGAGAAAGUGCUUAAUGGGCGGUGCCUUCUGCCUCUUCACAGUCAAUCUCAUUGCAGGGUCUCUGUACGAAGGGUCUCGUUCAAACCCUGACAAAGCUGCACAGUUUGCUCCUGCCGCUGUAGCCAUGCUAUUUCUGUUCAAUCUUUCAUAUGCCGCCACGUGGGGGACAGUGGCGUUCCUUAUCCCAACAGAGGUUUGGUCUUCUGAUCUGCGUGCACAAGGUAAUGGGUUCGGGAUCACUGGAUGGGCCAUUGGAGUCGGCAUGACAACUCUGGUGAAUCCCAUCAUGUUCGACACUUUGGAAAACCGCACCUACUUCCUGUUUGCCGGCUUUAAUCUUGUCUGGAUACCCAUUGUCUAUUUGUUUUACCCCGAAACCUCCGGCCGUUCACUCGAGUCGAUAGAUGCCCUCUUUGCUGCGAACAGUGUGUUCACUUGGAAUAUGGAGCGUAAUUACAAGGCCCACAGCGAUGUUCUCGCUAACCGCGGACAUGGCAAAGAGGGGAAUGUCUUCGCCGAUGCUAGGAACGUUGAAGAUGCGGACUUCAAGCCCUCAGGUCAACACGUAUCGCAUAAAAUGAAUGCGUGA